CUUCACUGUCGAGCCCUCGACCUUCACUGCAGCCUCGCCAGUUUCUCUCACUUUCCCUUCUCACUCUCUUGUCCUCUUCGUCUACUUCCAACGCUCAGUCUUGUCCUCUCCAUGAACUUGAAUCCAUCUCGUCCAUCAUUCUUUUGAGGACACACGGGCUGUCAAUCAUGCCUUCAUCCCAGGAUUCUGAUCGGCCUCUAGCGGCAUUCGGUAUCCGCGAUCUGAAUGGCCCUGAGGCUCCUCCAGGCGUCGUUCAGAUCCUCAAGAAAGACUACACCAGCACUGUCCAAAACUACCCCGAAGCCGUCCUUUCCUACGUCGACUAUGACGAUGGCGAGAUCAUCACCGUCGGCUCCUCCCUCGAACUACAGCAGCGCCUCGAGGAGCCUGCGAGGCAUUCCACCCUGCCCGUCAUCCCCGCAUUACGCACCCCGGACGAGUCCACCGACAACAAGAUGAUGCACAUCUUUGAUAUCAAGAAGACUGGCGCCAGUCUAGCGGUAUGGAAAGAGCAUGAAGCAUAUACUAGCAAGGCCAUCAGAGAGAAGACUACGCCUCACAUCUUGAGGGAUGUCAGCCCUAGUCGAGGGGAGUCGGCUAACAGCCCUCCUCUGGCUGCGACGCAAGAGAAGGUUCAGCAAACUGAGAAGAUCGACGAAUCUGACCGUUCAGCAUACAACCUUGAAGGUGAUGCUGUCGUUGCAGAGCCAGCCGCCAACGAAAUUACAAUCACUCCUAACCUUGCUUCGGCCUCUCCAAAGAAAAUCCCCCCGACUCCAAUCAACAAUGACAUCCCGACGAACCUCGACAAGGCCUUCAUUGGCAUCUUCAGCGCCAUAGAGUCAAGACUUGGUCCUUUGGCAGACUUUCUUGAGACCACGGCAGGUGGUCUACGCAAGGUCGCUGACAAGACUGCCAAGUCGGACUCUUCUGCCGUGGAAGAUGUAUUGUCUGGCUUCAAAGAUAUCCUAACCCAGGUCGGAGAGUUUGGACUCGGUGUCGCUGCGACCAUUGGCGAAGAGAUCGAGAAGAACAAGGCUGAACGACAGCCUACUUCUCUCCAACGCGAUGCUGACAAAACCCCUCCUCAAGCAGAUGACGACGAGGGUGCUCAGCCUGAGCAAACGAAAGCAAACGGGAAGUCGGAUGUGUUUGGCAAGAGAGUCAGCUUCGAUGCACCACUGACGCGGCCAGCAGUGCCGAAGGAUAUCCCACUUCCUGAAUUCUCUGAAACGUCACUUUCAGAGUUAAAGAAAGAACUCUCUAAAGUGUCAUUUCCCGAGUUGAACCGCCUACACUUGAAAAAUAUGUUUAUGAGAUAUGGGGAUAGACUUGGAUGCGCUCCUCACCCACAAAAUACUCAAGUCCACCCUGCACAGCAGCCACACAAGGCGACUGCCAGACAUUCCAUCUUGGAUAUGGAGUCCACAGACCCCGAUUUCUCUGCUCGUUACCCACCUCUGCUCAGUUUGCGAAAAGCCAUGAGCGUGAACGAGUUGCAGAAGACAGCCCAGGCUACAAGCCCCUCACAUUCGAACCCUGUGACAGGCCCUGCUGCUGUGCGAUAUCCCAGCUUGAGACAGUUUGAACAACAGGCUCACACCCUCGCGUCCAACAAAACCCCAGUCGCCUUGAGUAGCGCCAGACCUCGAGACAUCACUCCUUGGGAAGAUGAGCUCAAAUCCAGAAAGACUAGUUCAUACAGAAAACCAUCAGUUGAGGAGGAUGACUGUGCUGUUGAACCUGAACCGAGCACUGUCAAACCUGGGCCCUCGUCUUCACGACCAACCAUGCCCUCAGCGGGCCUUCCUGGUGCUUGGCCAGAAACAAAGACUGCUGAAGACAUGUCGGCCUUACCCGCAAAUAAGCCCCUGCUCAACGGUGGCUCUGUACGUCUUCCUGAAACUAACAUUUUCUCGAAGCCCCCUGCCAAUCUGACAGAUUCCUCUCGCCCUCUGUUUCGGCCUUACCCAGAUUCGACAUCGAGACCGCCCAUGAGUUUCGGGAGCGAAGCACUGAAGAAGAACCUGAGACGAUACCACACAGUAUCUGCUGGUAUCAAUCCUGCUGCAAGACUCAACGGACCCUUUGAUCCCCUUGCUGCUCAUCCCCCAAUGCAACCUCGUUCCCAGAAAUCGCAGCCAGACCUGCAGAACUCCUAUAGAAACUCUGAGGACACCCUCAGUCACAAGCCAAGUUUGCCGAAUCUGUUGCCUCAACGCAGUCAAACCGUCAACUACACCGAUCGUUAUGUCCCGCGCUAUGUCACCCCCUCAGUCUUCAUGAAUCGUGCACGGGACUAUGCCGAAUCCAGGAGCAAUGCUAGGGAUCAUCGAAUUGAAGGCCACCACAUACCUGGACCUGGUUGGGGUGUGAGGUACUUCUCGCCUUUUGGCCAGCCUGCCACGUCCGCUGCUUCGUCGGCUCAGACAUCGACUGCUACCACCGUUGAAGAGCGUCCUAGCCCCAAUACCCCGGCAAAGCCAGUCUUUGCGGGACGCCCAACUUCAAACCCACCAUACUCGUUUGUACCCCCUGUCCAAGGUGCUACAACUAAGCCUGCUGGACGCAGAAUUUCGACACCGGCACCGGCCCUUCCUACCGGCAUCAAAGCUAUCAACGAUUGCGUCAAUACCUUGAUCGAUAUGGGUUUUGGUGCCAACGCCAAUGAAAUGACCAGAUUGAAUGCUGUUGCUAGUGCUACUGCUGGUAACCUGGAAGAAGCCAUUGACAUGCUUGAAGAAGACCGUGAAGCUACAGAGAAAUUGGGCUACGCCAGUGAUGCUGCUACCAAUGGAUCGUAUCAAGAUGACCGAGACGAUAUGUACAACUGAGUGAUAAGACGACAUCAAGUCUCAUUCACAGCCACUCCUUUGUCCGUACGCUUUCAUCAGCGACGAAUGUGAAAACAAUGUCCGAAUGUUUUAUGCCAUUACGAUUCUUACCUCGACCUCGAACCCAAAGGCAACAGACUUAAAGUCGACUCUCUCUUGAGGUCAACACACUUACUACCGCGUCAGCACCAUGUUUGUAGUGACUGGUUGCUUUACGAAGGAAAUGAGGCCUUGCUAUCAAUAUCCUUACUGAUGUUGUCGGUAUAGCAAGGCGUAAUUUCGGGCAACGGCGUAACAGGGUGUCUACUAGUUUAUUUUGUUUUGUAAGGGUCGAUCAAAUACGAGUCAAGCAAGGGACUGUUACUGCGGACUGGGUAAAAUAGUUCAUCUCCAGUCAACGUACGAGAUCAAAUAGGUAGCUUAUGAAAAAAUCGACGAUGAUGAGAAGAACGAAAAUGGUCAAGUGUCUCUUUUUUCUUUUUCAA